AGAGUUGGCAAGAGUGACCAUGCUAUCAUUCAUGGAACAGUUUCGAUGUCGACAUUUAUCUAUGAAUACUUGAACUAUCAACAUGUCCGCCAGCCGCGUGUCACAAAUUCUCUUCUCGCGCGUGUCGCACGCAACCCGAAAACCGCAGCAUUUUGUCACACCCGUCGUCAGGUAUUAUUCCUGUCAAGUUGGGAGCAAUUAUGAAUGCAUUAAAACCGAGAUAGUGGGUGAAAAGAAGAAUGUGGGCCUUAUCACCUUGAACAGGCCAAAGGCAUUAAAUGCUCUGUGCGAUGAAUUGAUAAAUGAGAUGAAUCACGCUUUGGAGCAUUUCAGCACAGAUUCGUCAAUCGGUGCCAUCGUCAUUACCGGAAGCGAAAAGGCAUUCGCUGCUGGUGCCGACAUCAAAGAAAUGAAAGAUAAAUCAUACGCGACGAAUCUGAAAGAGAACUUCAUAGCUAACUGGGAUAAUAUUUCCAAAAACAAGAAGCCCGUAAUUGCUGCUGUAAAUGGUUACACUUUGGGCGGCGGCAACGAGCUCGCUAUGAUGUGCGACAUUAUUUACGCCGGCGACAAGGCCAGGUUCGGCCAACCGGAAAUCGUAAUCGGUACGAUCCCCGGAGCGGGUGGUACUCAGAGACUAACCAGAAUCAUCGGUAAAAGUAAAGCUAUGGAAAUAGUGCUUACCGGCAAUAUGAUCACCGCGGAAGAAGCUGAGAGAAGCGGUUUGGUCAGUAAGGUUUUCCCGGCUGACAAAGUGGUCGGAGAAGCGGUGAAACUGGGCGAGAAAAUCGCAUCUCACUCACAAUUAAUCGUUUCACUAGCCAAAGAGUCUGUUAAUGCUGCAUAUGAAACAACAUUGCAACAAGGACUUCAAUUUGAGAAGAAACUGUUUCACAGUACUUUCUCUCUGGCGGACAGAAAAGAAGGAAUGACGGCUUUCCUGGAGAAACGUCCGCCAAAAUUUACGAAUGAAUAAUCCUCGAUUAUGUGCAAAAGAAAAAGCAAAUGUUUAUGAAUAUUUUUUGAAGUAUUUUUAUAUCGCACUCUUUUGUAUAUACAAUAUAAAAUAAUCCUAACUAAAUAUAUAUCCUUUUUGAUCUCCAUUGCCUGUAACUGACAAGGCGCGAUCUAUCAGAUUACGAUGUUUAACCGCAAAGAAAUUUUAAAACAUUUAUACUGCUUGUCAGAGUUAAAGGUUAAACAAAAAGUAUUAUCUAUUACAUUUGUUAUGAGAUAUAUAUUACAAUAAACUUUUUUGCAA